AUGGCGUGCCAUCUUCAGCGACCUUUUCUCUUCGGAGCUCAUGAAUCGUGCCGUUUCUCCACCCGUUCUCCAGUCAAUCGCUCUUUCAAACCAGCGGCGCGUAGUUCCUCGUCUCGCCAGCCGUUCGUAACCAUUCGCAGCCAAGGCGAUGCGCAUUGCAACUCAGCAGCCAAUGAUUAUCUGCCAGCAGAGCGCGCAAUCCCUCUCAUCCGUUCCACGUCGGCAACCCCGGCCGCAUCGGGCCCACAACGAGAGCAGCUGGGACUAUACGGGGACGCGAAACGCGUAGCAGGUGCAACCCAGGGAAGUGUUAACUGGGCUCGAUUGCGCAACCAAAUCGGCGUGACCUCCGUGAGCGCAGCAUCCGUUUCUUCCGCGCAUAGGCGGAAGGAGGUGCGCGGAUUCGUGGAGGAAGACGCGUCGCAGUGCGGGACCGGCGGAGACCAGAGCGAUGCGGAGUCAAAGCGCGCGGAGUUCGAGGCAGGAUGGCAGAGUGGUUCCGAGGGAUCAAUGCCGCUGAUGGCGGCGCCGGAUGCGGCGCCAGGCGCGGCGAAAAGCUGUUCUCCCAGCGACGAGUUCGCGUGUACGAUUGCCGGAUGCACCCACGUCCACAGCAACGUAGGCUCCAUGCGGAGGCUAGGAAACCUCUCAGAAACCUCCUUCCGAGCAGCUCCGCUGGCGGAAUCCCGGCCUGUGCAGAGCGGUACCAAGGGUUUUAACCUGGGUCAAUUUCUGUCGCAGCUGCUGCCGUACGUGGUGGUGGCGACGGCGGUGUCGGCGCUGACGUGGCCGGCGACGUUCGCGUGGUUCAGCAAGCAGUACUACGCGCCCGCACUGGGCGGCAUCAUGCUCUCCAUCGGCGUGCAGCUCUCCGUCGAGGACUUCAAGGCCGCCAUUGAGAAGCCCGUCCCCGUCCUCCUGGGCCUCCUAGUGCAGUAUGCAGUCAAGCCGCUCAUCGCGGCCGCCAUAGCCACCUCCUUCCGCCUGCCGCCCGCGUUCGCCGCGGGCUUCCUCCUCACCGCCAGCGUCUCCGGCGCGCAGCUCUCCAGCUACGCGUCCUACCUGGCAAAGGCUGACGUGGCGCUCUGCAUCGUUCUCACCAGCCUCAGCACCUUCGCCUCCGUGGCACUCACGCCCAUCCUCACCUCGCUCCUGAUUGGCUCAGCCGUCCCGGUCGACCUCCUAGCCAUGGCCAAAUCAAUCCUGCAAGUCGUCAUCCUCCCGGUCUCCCUCGGCCUCAUCCUGAACACCUACGCACGGAAAUUCGUCGAUCAAAUCCGACCAAUCAUGCCGCUGCUAGCCAUAGUCUGCACGUCUCUCUGCAUAGGCAGCCCGCUAGCCAUCAACCGCUCUCAAAUCGUCUGCCUGAGCGGCCUCCUGCUGCUGCCGCCUGUGCUCGCCUUCCACCUCGCGUCCUUCGCCGCUGGGUUCUGGUCCGCGAAGCUCCCCGGAAUGGCGCAGAGCGAUGACGUGGCGAGGACGUUAUCCCUAUGCGGGGGCAUGCAGAGCAGCACGCUGGCCAUGCUGCUGGCGUCUCAGUUCCUCGGCUCCACCCACACGGUGCCUGCCUCGGUCUCUGUUGUGCUCAUGUCUAUCAUUGGGCUCAGCCUCGGAAGCUUCUGGGGGUCAGGAAGGAAGCUUCUGGACUGGAACUUGUCUGGGCCUGUUGUGGGGGCGCAGGCAUACACUGCUCCUUCUGAGGCGUAG